AUGUCAGGCCCUUACAUUCUUCUUCAGUUUGGCUCAGACCCAUUUGACUACAAGCUCGAGGACCUCGAGGGCAGACCCGCCUUCACUAUGUACGUCGAAGGCACCCCGAACGUUGUCAUGCAUAUCGCGCGGGAGGCCGAAUGGAGGCAACAGCACACGACGAUCAUGGGCCCGGACAACUCCUUCCUCUACUUCGGGCCCGAGAGGAUGCCGGGAUACAUGGUGUACGGUAACGGCGCGCAGCAGCCCAUGACCAGCUCUCUUCGGAAGAAAGACUCCAGCGGAUCUCGUUUCUUCACGUCUCAGAGCGGCAAAGAGCUCAAGUGGAAAAUCACGCCACAGAGGAUGGAGUGCUCGGACGGACGCACCUCCGUCGCCACCUGGGAGCUCAGCCAGCCCGAGGACAUGUUUCACGCGCGUCUGACGGUCAAGGCCGCUGGCAUGCCCAUCGUCACCGAGGUCAUGACCACUCUGGCGCUAAACCGGAUGGCGUCCGAGCUUGGCUGGAACCUCGAAUGACCUCAUGACGCAUACACUUUGUAUUUCGUGGCUUUAUAGCACCUUGACAUCCUCACCUCAUCGCCCCUCGCAUUCAGAGCUUCACACCCGGUCACGAGCACUGUAUUCACUCCUGAUUAGUAUAUGUAGUUGCACCGUACCGCUACGACCCGUAGGAUUCCAUACACACGCCCCCCAUACGAUUCAUACGAUUUCCUUAAUCCGAUUUCAU